CUAAAAUGGCAAAGUUGGGAAGUAGUAGUAGUAAUGGUAAGAAAAACAAUGGCAUAAAGAAGCUUAUGCAAAAGGGUCUUUUCUUGACCAAGAAAAGAUCAGAAUCGUUUUCUGGCCAAGAAACGGUCCCAAAAGACGUUAAAGAAGGUCACUUUGCAGUCAUAGCAUCCGAUGAUUACAAUGAAAGGAAGUUUAUUGUUCCUAUCGCGUACCUUCGUUGUCCUUCGUUUCUAAGACUCUUAGAGAGAGCAGCCGAAGAGUAUGGGUUCGACCAUGAAGGUGCACUUAUGAUCCCUUGUCCACCGAGCGAGCUACAAUGGAUCCUAGAGGAACAAAUGGGAUCUCAAGAAGGUGGAGAUUGGAAUUCAUGUAAAACCAUGGUGGAAAGUUGUUAGAAAUUAUAAGCAAUUACAUUUUUUUUUAUAGGAAAGUUAAUGUAAUCUUAUUUACUUUCUUUUUCACGUGCUUAUUAUUGGUAUAUCUGUAUGUAAAUUCAGAUGAGUAACGGUGAUUCAUGCCUUUCCAAUGUACC